UUCCGAAACUUUCCGACUGGUACCGAGCGAAGCAACAGUUCCUGUGAUUGAGACACCAAAUAAACAUCCGCUACAAAACUAUGAUUUUUCAAAUGUAACCGAUAUUGUGGCCGUGGGUUGUUUUGUUUUUUGCUGCUCCUUUCGCAACCAAGAACCGGAACUGUUAAAUCCGGUCCAGUGUACGCGCGUCGAAGCGGGUUUGCAAAGGAAAAAGGAAAACAAACUGAUCAGAACUGGCUGAGUGUGAUUGCCGGUGCAGUGUGCUGUGUUGUGCGGUGUGAAAAAUGUGUUCCCAUUUUCUUUUUAAUGAAUCAUCUGAAUGAAUCAAUCAGACGCGAAACACGAGCGUAAAGUGCGUGAUCAAGUGGAAAUGUAGUGUGUUUUUUUCGGCUGCAUCAGAACCUACAAGCAGUGCGAGUUUAGAACAGCUUCACGUCAGGGUCUACUGCUAGCCCAUUACUGUAUUUUAGAACGGCUUACAUGGACGUGUGUCCCUCCACUAAUUAUCUUUUUCGGUGGAGCUACUCCAUUGAACCCUAAAACAAGCUGAAUGAUAGCGACACUUUUGCUUGGCAAGAGUUGGAGAAAACUUGGAAAAACCCCCGUUCCCCACUGGUUGUAGGUUCGCAAGGGUGAAAAUCGAGUGAAAAGGUGACAAAUAAAUAAGAUUACCGGUGGGAAAUGAAGGAAAUCUAAAUAAAAGUGUAAAAGCCCUACGGUGCGAUUCCAAGUGUUGGUGGAAAGUGUACAGUACAAAGGAAAAAUCAGCUUGCAGUUAAGUUUAACGAUUUUUUAACAGUGUAUCCAUAUUACAAAAUGCUUGUGUGAUUGAAACAAAAUCCUCCUGACAUCCUUCACCAUUGUGUGCAAAAGAUCCUUUUGUUGCCAGGACAACAAUUCGCACGAGUCCGUGCAAAGAGCAGUGACCAAAGCCGGCUGGAAACAAAGCAAACCAUGGGCUGCACGUCAUCGGCAGAGGAACGGGCUGCCAUUGCCCGGUCGAAGCAGAUCGAGCGCAACCUCAAGGAGGAUGGCAUCCAGGCGGCCAAGGACAUUAAGCUGCUGCUGCUGGGCGCUGGCGAAUCGGGAAAAAGUACAAUCGUUAAACAGAUGAAAAUUAUUCACGAAAGUGGCUUUACGUCAGAGGAUUUCAAACAGUAUAGGCCAGUAGUGUACAGCAACACGAUACAAUCACUAGUUGCAAUACUGCGAGCGAUGCCAAACCUUAGCAUUGCGUUCGGCAAUAACGAGCGAGAGUGUGACGCAAAGAUGGUGUUCGACGUAGUACAGCGGAUGCACGACACAGAACCAUUCUCGGAGGAUCUGCUAUUAGCGAUGAAAAGACUGUGGUCGGAUUCUGGCGUACAGGAGUGCUUCUGCCGCAGCAACGAGUAUCAGCUGAACGAUUCCGCAAAAUAUUUCCUGGACGACCUUGACCGAUUGGGCGCCAAGGACUAUCAGCCGACGGAGCAGGAUAUCCUACGGACACGUGUCAAAACCACCGGUAUCGUGGAGGUACACUUCUCCUUCAAGAACUUAAACUUCAAGCUCUUCGACGUCGGUGGUCAGCGGUCGGAGCGAAAGAAGUGGAUCCACUGCUUCGAGGAUGUCACCGCCAUCAUCUUCUGCGUGGCCAUGUCGGAGUACGAUCAGGUGUUACACGAAGAUGAAACCACGAACCGUAUGCAAGAGUCGCUGAAGCUGUUCGACUCGAUCUGCAACAACAAAUGGUUCACCGAUACCUCAAUCAUUCUAUUUCUGAACAAGAAGGAUCUGUUCGAGGAGAAAAUCCGGAAAAGUCCACUGACGAUCUGCUUCCCGGAGUACACAGGUGGACAGGAGUACGGUGAGGCGGCGGCCUACAUUCAGGCGCAGUUCGAGGCUAAGAAUAAGUCCACAUCAAAGGAAAUCUAUUGCCACAUGACAUGUGCAACGGACACCAACAACAUCCAGUUCGUGUUCGACGCCGUCACCGACGUUAUCAUAGCGAACAACCUGCGCGGCUGUGGUCUGUACUAAAAAGCGGCACGCUUUUGUCUCCGGAAGCGGAAGAUAGCAAAGAUGUCGGGAGCUGAUCCAUCGUGUGUUUUUUUCUUGGGUUUGUUUGCCGCGCCCGUUUGAGCCGUCAUAUUAAGGAUAUGCGCGAUGUACAUCGAAACGAACGGUUCCGACUCCCAACACGGGAGAAACGGGCUGCUGGAUGUAUAGGAGCCUUGGGUUUUGAUAGGGAUCUCCCCCGCCGUACCAACAGAACCCUUCCAUGCUCCAGAUUCAGAACCAUGUUGUUGUAGCGGAGAAGGUUUUUUUUUCCCCGGAGGAGUUUCUCUUUGAUUUUUAUUACUUUUUUAUUUGUUUACACGUGUUUACGGAAAUCAGUACCGGUGUCAUAUCGAUCCUGCCGGUACGAACGCUCUGGCAGUGUUUGCCGCAUUGGUUUUUCCGUUCAUCCCAGACUGGAAGAAGGGGAACAACAACAACAACAACAACAACAAAAACCCGCACAAAACAGCGAUAUGAUGUUUAGCCACUAGUUUGCGGAGAAAAUAAGGAUUGCAGGAUCGUUAAUAAUUUAACUUUGACAGCAAAGCAACAAAACUAAACCAAACUCGGUAUAAUGCGCAUACAAUAGCACUAAAGGAA